AUGCGUUCGUCUCAGCGGCUUGUGAGAACAGCGGAAGUCUCCUUUGCGACACUUCCAUCGAUCAGUUACUUCAAAGCAAGUUGUUCUGCUUACCUGUCGGAGGCGAUCGGACGAACCUACAAGCACAGGGGAAAGUUUUGCGGUGCGCAGCUGUGCUCGUUCAGCGCUCAUCGAAACGUUCGCAACCACGUUGGAGACGACCUGCGCUUAGGCUUCGGGUCGAAGGUUAAGAGAGCGCUUGCGAUGCAUUAUCAACCGGAUACCAGCUUCGACUUUGAUCUGUUUGUGAUCGGCGGGGGUUCUGGGGGCGUUCGCGCCGCGCGAGUCUCCGCGAAUCACGGCGCUCGCGUAGCACUAGCUGAGAGCAGUCGGCUGGGAGGCACCUGUGUGAACGUAGGCUGCAUUCCGAAGAAGCUUUUCUCGUACGGGUCCCAUUAUUUGCACGAGUUUGAAGACGCACGUGCGUAUGGCUGGGAUCUUCCGACCAAAAGCGAGCUAGAUCCUGUCGACUGGGAGCGACUCAUUCACAACAAGGACGCAGAAAUAGAGCGAUUGAAUGGCGUGUAUCAACGCAUCCUGGAAAAGGCAAAUGUGCGCAUCUUUCACGAACGAGCCGAGUUCGUCGACGCACACAAGAUUCGCCUUGCGAGUGGCGAAACGUUUUCCGCCAAGUACAUCCUCGUUGCCGUGGGCGGCCGCUCCAACCUCAUAGCAGAUCUGCCGGGUGCUGCGCUCUGCAUCCAUUCCGAUGACUGCUUUUACCUGAAACAUCUUCCUCGAUCUAUCUUGGUCCUGGGCGGAGGCUACAUCGGCACAGAAUUUGCAUGCAUAUUCCAUGGAUACGGAUCUAAGGUGACGCAGGUCCACCGGGGGAAGCUUUUCUUGCGCGGGUUUGAUGAUGAUGUUCGCCACUUUCUCGCCGAGCAGAUGCGCAAAGACGGUAUCGAUUUGCGCUUUGGGUGUAACCUGAAAGCAGUGGAGGCUAUUCCGGAUGCGAGCGCACCUGAAGGGCGCGUUUUGAAAGCGCAUCUCACAGACGGCUCUACACUGAUCGUUGACCAGGUGCUGCUCGCUGUUGGACGGCACCCGAACACCGAGGGCCUCGGAUUGGAGCGAGCAGGUAUUAAAACCGAUCAACACCGGGGGCAUAUUCUCGUGGAUGAAUACUCUCGAACCAAUGUGGAGACGAUCUAUGCGGUCGGCGAUGUCACGAAUCGAAUGAACUUGACGCCAGUAGCCAUCGCCGAAGGUCACUGUUUUGCGGAUACGGUUUUUGGCGGCAAAGCACGGGCACCGGGCUACGACAUGGUGCCGACGGCGGUGUUCAGCGUGCCCCCUAUUGGAAUGGUAGGCCUGACGGAAGCGCGCGCCCGGGAGCUGGACGCUGAACAAGGCGGCACGGGUAUCGAUAUCUAUCGAUCGAUGUUCCGCCCGUUGAAGCAUACGCUCACGAAGCGAGAUCGCCAGACGCUCAUGAAACUUGUGGUUGAUCGUCGGACGCAACGCGUGCUUGGCUGCCACCUGGUCGAUGACGCCGCUCCGGAAAUCAUCCAGUCGGUAGCGAUUGCGCUCAAGAUGGGCGCCACCAAAGCAGAUUUCGAUAAUGUGAUUGGUGUGCAUCCGACGAGCGCCGAGGAACUCGUAACGAUGCGGGAGAAAGUCUCAGACGGAAAGUGA